CUCAAGGUUGGCUCUCCUUUGGGCUCAGGCGCGAUUUUGCGAAGGCCCCCGGGAUCGAGACGUGAACGGGAAGUUGGCUGCUGUUCUUUCAUGGCGAUGUCGCCCUCCCAAGGGCUGCCCCUCGCGUUCACGCUGGCGCCCGUGGGGCAGCGCCCCGCUGCCCAGGGCAAUCUGGGGCACAUAAGGGGAUUCGGCCGCAGCGACUUGCCCACGGAGAGCGACUCUUCCGAGGCCGCCCAGUACCUCGGCGCCGGGGCGCUCCUCGUGGUGGGCUCCGCGCUGGCGGUCCGCACACUCGCGGGCAAGAGGCGGCCGGCUCAGGGCCGCUCGCAGCAGCGGGCGCACAGGGUUGUGCGCCAGGCGGCGUCUGGCGGCUACCUGAAGGCCCGCGAGCGCCGCGACGGUCAUGGCUGGGUGAAGGAGGACCCAGAGUUCAGCCCCGGAGCGGCGUCUGGUGCCACCGUGACGGUCGAGCUCAAGAAGCGCCCGAUGGGCGUCAUGCGCUACACUCACGGCGAGGAUGGCAAGGGCGCCAUGAUCGUGGAGAUGCACGAGAAGGCCCGCUACCCUGGCGACCCUCGUGGCCAGUGUGCGGUGGGCGGCGUCAAGAAGAACAUGAUCGUGAAGGCCAUUAACGGCACGGACGUGUCGGGCUGGGACUUCUCCGACAUCAUGGACAUGCUCGAGGACACGGAGGGGGACGCCAACUGCACGCAGGAGGCCAAGGCCGCCUGGGAGGCGCGCCCCCGCAACCACCAGGCGGUGGCGCUGCCAGCCACCGUCAGCUUCCAGGAGUGCGCCGUCAGCGCCAGCGCCGCCAGCGCCCCAGCGCCGGUGAUCGCCGGCGCGUGGUACCCCAGGGGCGGAGGUUUUUCGGAGGCCGACCUCGACGCCGAGAUGUCGAAGGCAAGGGGCUUUCCUGUCCCUGCCGGCUACAGCGGCGUGCGCUACACAGGCCCAGGUUGCCUGAACGAGGCGUGGAUCAAGCAGUUUGCCGAGCAGCAGCGCAAGGGCGUCUUGCUUCCCAAGGGGGACGCCUAUGCCCUGGUGAUCGACUGCACCAAGCUGCUGAAGAAACAUAAGACGUUGAACGAGAUCACCGUGCCUGCCGGUCAGAAAAUUCAUGUGGUCGGUGACACUCACGGCCAAUAUUGGGAUUUCUUGCACAUGCUGUCUCUCACUGGCUUCCCGUCUGCUUCCAACCCGAUCCUCUUCAAUGGCGAUUUCGUCGAUCGUGGUUCUUGGGGCAUGGAGGUGGUGUUGAUGAUCUAUGCCUUCAAGGUCAUGUGCCCUGACAGCGUUCACCUGACGCGCGGAAACCACGAGAUCAUCGCAGAAAACAUCUUGUACGGGUUCUGCGGCGAGACUUUCAAGAAGUACGAUGGCGGUCUCUUCGACCUCUUCUCCGAGUCGUUCCGCAACCUGAGCUUGUGCCACACCAUCAACGAGGAGAUCUUCGUCAUGCACGCCGGCCUGCCGGGGCCGAACCCGCGGCAGUGGCUCCCGGGCCAGAGCCACGACCCGGAGGACGCCAUCCCCGUCAACGCAAAGUGCAUGACCUUGGCGGAGAUCGCCGCCAUCAGCCGCGAGACGGAGCUCCAGGACUCGAGCUACAAGAAUGCCGUUGGCGACGCCGCGAACAAGUGGGCCGAGGAGGAGCGCACCAUCAUCGACCUCGUGUGGGGCGACCCGCGGGGCGGCCCCGGCUACGGGCCGUCGUACCGCAAGUCCAAGGGCGUGUUUAUGUUCGGCCCCGACGUCACGGAGCAGUUCUGCAGGGUCAACGGUCUCAAGGCCGUUAUCCGCUCUCACGAGGUCAAGCAGCUUGGCUGGAAGCAAGACCAUCCGCAAUUGUACACAGUUUUCAGUUGCCCCGACUACAUGGAUGCGGGUGGCAACCAGGGAGCCUUCUUGACAUUGGAGAACGACGGCAGCAGCCUAUCGAUCAAGCCAACCAGUUUCGACAAGACCCCCACCCCGACCUGAAGCCGAUGGUGUGGCAGGAGUACAUGAUGCAGGUCAACCCGCACCUAACCAGGAAGAUGAAGAAGAAGACCGGCCUCAUCUACGACUCGAACGGCAUGAUCGUGGGAGAGAUCAAGGACACGGACCAGGGCGACAGCGACAGCGGGCAGUCAAUGGUGGACGAGUGGGUGGAGGACGAGGACUAUGCUCGUGCGUGAACAAGUCGGUGAAGGCCGUUGCCACUGGUCUCCUUGUCCGCAGACUCUCGCGUUUGUAGCCUCGCGUGGCCUGCCUGCACAUCAGGGCAGCCACGUGGACCCGUAGGCCAGGACGGUUCCCAUCUGCGGUGGUGUUCGGCAGGCGCUCGGCGCACGUUUUUCUGGCCCGCCGCUCCAGGACGGAGUCCCUCGCACCCGGCUUCCCCCAUUUGGGUGGGGGACGGCUCGUUUUCAAGCCAAUUCUCCGCGGCAGCUUGACACAGAGCAGGCGCUUGAGAAAUAGGUCCCUACAUUGCG